UUGUGUUAUGGGGGUCAAGGGGUUGGUAAAACAUAUAUAAGGUAUAAAAGUAUUCUUCAGAUAUCUCAGACGAUGCUAACCGGUGACAAUAUUAGUUCAUUGGUAAUAGAUACUCUAUACCAGAAGGCUCGUGGAAAGGAUACCGCUGUUUUGUCUCUCUAUUGCGAUUAUCAAGCGCAGAAGGACCAAUCAGCGGUAAACUUGAUAGGAGGCCUACUCAGGCAGGUUGCUUUUGGGGAAACAGGGAUUCCGGGCGAAAUUCAAAGCGCUUUUGACGAAUCGAAGCGGUGGGGAGGCAAAGGUCUUCGAUUGCCGGACAUGCUGGAAUUAUUCGCCAAAACAAUUAGUUCCAUGGAACGAGUAUACAUUUGCGUUGACGCAGUGGAUGAGGUACAGAGCCAGGAUCGGCCUAAAUUUCUUCGCUCGUUACGGCAGAUUAUUCAAGUUGCGCCAAAUGCACGGCUAUUCCUUACAUCGAAACUGUACAUCCGCGGGGAACUUGAAAGACAUCUCACGGGGGGCGCCUGUAUCAUGCACAUUGUAGCCAGCCAGGAAGAUAUCGCUGCAUACGUAAGCGAGAGGAUGGACGAUGACGACCAGGGACCAGACCUGAUGACAGGUGAGCUGAGGAA